AUGAUAACAUUAUUGUUUAUCAUUUUGCUUACUCCCGGCGUGCUGUCGUCCUCGACCCAGGUGGCUACCAUCUACCCUCAGGAUCCAGCUUUGCUCAUCGGCUCAAGCCUAACCGCGACUUGCUCGGUGAAUCCUGAUCACGGUCUGCACGCAGGCUCACUGUACUGGACGCUGAAUGGGAAACGACUGCCCAGCAGUUCCUACAGCGUUCUCAGCCCCACCGUUCUCAGCGUCACGCUUCCCCGUCUCAGCGGUUCACGUCAGCGCUCCGGAGACAACUUAGUGUGCCACAACAGCGCUGGCCACGUACUCGCUGGCUCCUGCCUCUACGUCGGCAUGCCUCCUGAGAAACCAGUCAACCUGACCUGCUGGUCCAGGAACACCAAAGAUCUCACCUGUAAAUGGGCCCCAGGGGGUCAAGGGGAGACAUUCAUUAAAACCAAAUACACACUCAAGUAUAAGCUAAGGUGGUAUGGGCGGGAAAAAGAAUGUGAGGACUACAGCGCAGGGCAGCCGUACACAUGUUACAUCCCACGUGACCUCGCCCUCUUCACCCCCUAUGAGAUCUGGGUGGAGGCAUCCAACCAACUGGGAACUGCCACAUCUGAUGUCAUCUACCUGGAUAUCCUAGAUGUGGUGACCACAGACCCGCCGGCUGACGUGCAUGUGAGUCGUGUAGGCGAGUUAGAAGAUCAGUUGACUGUGCGUUGGGGCACGCCACCAGCCCUCAAAGAUUUCCUCUUUCAGGCCAAAUACCAGAUCCGCUACAGGCUCGAGGACAGCACUGAGUGGAAGGUCGUUGAUGACGUGGGGAAUCAGACGUCCUGCAGACUGGCGGGACUCAGGCCGGGCACGGUGUACUUUGUUCAGGUACGCUGUAAUCCAGUGGGGAUACUGGGCUCGAGGAAGGCUGGCAUCUGGAGUGACUGGAGCCACCCGACGGCUGCUUCCACGCCACACAGCGAGAGGCUGCUGAGUGGCUCAUGUGAUUCGAAGGCGGGCCAACAGAACUCGACGCUGCGCCGGGACCUGAAGCAGUUUUUUGGCUGGGUGCGUAAACAUGCCUAUGGCUGCAGCGGUAUGAGCAUCAAACUUUACGAUCAAUGGCGUGUCUGGCUGCAGAAAUCCCACAAAACACGCAACCAGGUUCUUCAAGGAGAUAAAUCAUAGCACAUCCCCCAUGGCAAACAGACGAUUUAAAUACAACUGCUCCCCACGGAAGAAUUCACACUUUCCAGCUGCCUGCUUGGCUCUGUAUGACAAAUUUCACCUGCAGUUGAAUUCAAAGCAUUUCAGACAAGGUAACUGAAAAACAGUUAGUAUCCAGGGCAAGGCCAAAUAUGUGCCCACAGUCAAAAUGGUAAUGCUGUUUCCCUGAACAAGAUUGACGGUAACCACAGCAAACAUAUGGAAUAUUGUCAUGGCAACUCCAAGUCGUCAAGAGUCCUUGCGCAAUGUUGGGGAGCAAUUCACCAAAGGCCAUAGUUUGCACAUUUACUCUGAGGAUGACAAUGCAGAGGCAAAGAACCACUCUUAUGACAC